AUGGGGCCUCCUCUUUACCACCUAUCAGAUUUGGCCCUUCCCUCCUACCAAGGAGACCGCUGGUAACAUUCACAUUUUUACAUGGAAUUUUUCGAAAUAAAGGGGGCGGUAUAGGAUUCGAACCCCCGAUAUCACUGCUAAGACCCUCCGACUCGCCCACUCGAGCCGCUUAGCCCUUCUUAAAUUGGUCAUGAAGGUGCACUAGGCUUAUGUUCUGCUUUAACAAAUUUCAUUAAUCUCUCAAAUUUGACACUUGGCCUAAGUGAUAAUUAAAUUGGUGCAAUGGGUGCAUCAUGCUUAGGUCGUGCUUUAGCAAAUUGCAUUAAUCUCUCAAAUUUUACACUUUACUUUGGUUUUAAUUAAAUUGGUGAUGAAGGUGCAUCAGGCUUAUAUCCUGCUUUAGCAAAUUGCAUUAAUCUCUCAAAUUUGACACUUGAACUUAGUUCUAAUUAAAUUGGUAAUGAAGGUGCAUCAGUCUUAGGUCGUGCUUUAGCAAAUUGCAUUAAUCUCUCAAAUUUGACACUUUUUCUAGAUUCUAAUUAAAUUGAUACAAUAGGUGUAUCAGGCUUAUGUUCUGGUUUAGCAAAUUGCAUUAAUCUCUCAAAUUUGGCACUUUACCUUUAACUUUUGUAAAAACAGUUUAUUUGUUUUGGAUUGUGA